CGUGUGCCCAAAUAGAGAACGGACCGGUGAGGGGAUAAGAAAAGAAGAGAAAAGAAAGCGCGAGACGUGAGAAGUGUUGCUGUGUGUGACACAUCAAAUGUCGUGUCAUGCCGUUGUGGUGUUUCGAGCAAGCCAGACUUCAAGUGCGGGGGUCAUCUGGUGGUUGAUUCGGGCAUCGUGGCCAGUGAGGGCUUCCCCAGUCCGUACAAAAGCAACACUAAAUGCACCUGGUACAUCACUGUUCCGGAAGGGCACGUGGUCAUGCUGUCCUUUCGCCUCUUCGACAUGGAGGCCGAGCCCACCUGUCGCUAUGACUACCUCGACGUCUACAACGGACACACGCGCUUGGUGCAGAAGUUGGGCCGCUUCUGUGGCACGUUUCGUCCCGGAGCGCUCAUCUCCACCUCCAACACCAUGAUGCUGGACAUGGUGUCGGACGAGGCCACGGCGGGGAGAGGCUUUCUGGCCUACUACAGGGCCGGGAAGCCGCACGUGGAAGAGAAUCAGUUCUGCGGAGGGCGCUUGACCAAAUCCCAGGGUUCCGUCCAGACGCCUAACUGGCCCAACUCCAACUACCCAGCAGGCAUCAGCUGCUCCUGGUUCAUCUCAGUGGAGCCAGGCAAUGUGAUCGAAUUGAAGUUCGAGAAGCUGGAUCUGGAACCGGACACAUACUGUCGCUAUGACUACGUGGCGCUCUUCAACGGUGGUGAGAGGGUCGACUCGAGGAGGAUUGGGAAGUUCUGUGGUGACAGGAUACCAGGAACUGUGGUGACCAGCGGGAAUCAGCUGCUGGUCCAGUUUGUUUCCGACCUCAGCGUCACGUCAGAUGGCUUCAUGGCGUACUACAACAGUGUGCCUCGUGGCUCCAGGACUCCCACCGCCGGGGGCGACUUCAUCCAUCGAUCUGAAGUCACCACCACCAUAACGCGUAAACCUGCUGCAAGGCCGAACAAACCUGUCAAAACCACACCCAAACCAAAGCCUGACGUCCAGCCUAAAGUCACCCCGAAACCUAGAGUGAAAAAACCUGUGGUAAAGAUUCCGCUGAAGCCCCCGCCACGGAAGCCUACAGCCAAGCCUUCGAAAACGGUCAGACCUACGCCCAAAGCGCCUGUGAAGAAGCUUGUUCCCAAAGCUAAACCGACACCCAAGCCCAAGCUUGUCAAGCCCGGUGCCAAACCGACACGUAAACCUUCACCCAAGACAAAACCCAGUCUCAAACCAGCGGUCAGACCAGUCGUCAAACUGGCCAAACCGACCAAUAAAAGCAAAGCUAAACCAACUAUCAAACCUAAAGUGACUAAACCAGGAGUCAGCAAGAAGCCUGCUGUCAUCAAAAAACCUUUGCCACUGAACCCCGCAUGCACACAAGCCUGCAAAAGGACAGGAACUCUGCAGUCCAGCUUCUGUCCUAACGACUUUGUCAUUACGGGCAAGAUUACAGCUGUGACCCCCGGUUUGAGAGGUUCUGCCACAGUGGAGGUGGCCAUCGUCAAGGCCUAUAAGACCGGAAAACUGAACAUCCUCAAACCAGGACCGGCCGCUACCAUCAAACUUACCUCAACCUGCAAGAGAUGCCCCGGGCUGACCAAAGGUCAAAACUACGUGCUGAUGGGAAAGGUGGACGCGCAGGGCAAAGGCGUCCUGACCCCGUCCAGUUUCAGCCUCCUCUACAAGCCAGUGCAUGGCAAAGCACUCGUUACCCUGUCUCGCAAAGCAUGCUGACAUCACUGGGACUGCAUAAAACACCCAAUUUAACAGCAUAUCAUAUCAAACAAGGUUCUUGUUUCUAUACCUUCAAGAAAUAAUAAUAAAGCAUACAUUAGGAGUAUUUUGUUCAAAUUUUCUAUGUAAAUUAUGUUAAUUCUGUAACAGGAAAAAACA